ACAAGUCAUGAACAGAAGCCCUCCUGCAGGUGGUCGGCUUUUUUAUAUCACAGAAGUGCAUCACUGCUUCCAGCUGCGGUAAAGAGGCAUGUGAAAAAAUGGGGAAGUCUGCCUUCCACGGUGCUUCUGAAAAGAUGAACAAUCAGUAUUACUAUCCACAAACUGAUCGCAAAAUUAAUGCUGCACAUUUACACAGAUUGACUUUGAGCUGCCCGGAUCAACGACAAUCUGUGAGUGGCUGCAUCCUUUUAUUUUAAAACAGUCCAUCACUGGUCUGACAGCGUUGCACGAGUGCGGUGCUCAAGAGAUAGAGUGCUGUUUUCAUGCGGCUUUCAGAAUAAGGAACUUGGCCCUUUUGUUGCCUUAUUUCUAACCACACCUAUCCGUCGUUAUGAGGAGGAAGUCCUCAGCCUGCAUGUGUUAUACUGUUAAGUUAUUAUGAUGUUCACGUCAGUUUCAACAAAAAAAAUAUUUAGUGGCAUGACUUAAAUAAUCUCCUCUUUAAAUAUUCAACAUCUAUUCCCAGUUAUAAAGUGAUUAUAACAACACAUUCAGAUUUUUAUUUGACAUCCUUUUGAGGUGUCAUUACGAUGGCAGGAACAAACCAUUUCCUCAAGUAAAAGCACUAAACGGUGAUGAUGAAACAUGCUUCUAAUGCAAAAAUUGCUACAAAUUGUAAACCACAUACAAAAAAAGUGAAUGCACAGAGGGCUCCAGCAAAAAGUCGUUGUUUAUUGGCUCAACUUUUACUGGACGUUUUUCUAUUUAACCGCAUGAUCAAUGCAACAAAAGAGAAGUGAACACUCGUCUUCCUGGACUUCCUGGAAUGUGUUGUGCCACAGUUUUACGUCUAAAUGCCCAUCAAAGCUUUGUGUCACUAAAUAUGGGGGAGGAAUUGCUUCAGAGAUUAUACUGUACUAUUUCUCACCACAUGAAUUGUGUUGAGGGAAAGAUGCAAAAGCCUCUAACAGUUCACCUCUAGUAAUUCAUUUUGUAUUCAUCAGUUACACAUAUUUUUGAGUACAGGAUGAACUUUUCAAAAGUCAAAUGUGUUGAAAAAAUUUAAAUUUCUUAAGCACUGGCGCUGGUUUAAGUUACAAACAAGCACAGUUUUAAUGUAAAGUUUAAAAGUCAUGAAGACUGCGCUGAAAGAAGAACUAAUGAGGGGAGGAGAGUGUGUGUUGUUUGGAGGAGGAGAAAAGAGAAGUUCCUGCUUUACCAGUGAAGAAGAAGUGCGGCAGCUUAAAACCAACAGAGGCUUAAACAUGAACGUCCGUCGCACUGUGAUCUGCUUCUUCAUCCUCUCUGGAAACACUGGUCUCAUCACUGAGGGGAUCACCGUUAUUACAGGAAAGGAGGGAGGAAACAUCACACAUGAGUGCAAAUUUUUUUUCUCUGGAAGUCGGAGGGCCUUCUAUAAAAAAAACAAUCUUCUGAUUAAAACAGAGAAGGACAAAGCUCAGCGUGACAGAUACAGCAUUGAAUAUGAUCCAGGAACCAUUGUAUCAUCUUCAGUUCUGUAUGUGAGCAUCACAAACCUGAUCAAGUCUGACUCUGGGAGGUACAGAUGUGUUUUGAAAAAAAGUUUUUUUCCAGAAUCAACCGAGGAGUUUGAGCUCAGAGUUGAAGAUGCUCCAACCACUCUGAAACCAAACAGGACUCCUGAACCUUUUCCAACAUCAGUCCCAUCAACCUCCACACCAACAACAACACAGAGUCUAACCUCCAGUUCAGGAAGCUCCACACCUUCAUCAGUCUCUCCUAAAACCACCCACCAGUCUCAGCAGCAACAGACAGAUGCAGGUCAAGAUACGCUGCUGUAUGUAGGUCUCACUCUGGUCAUCAUGAUCUUCAUAUUAUCAGCAGCUGUGCUGAUAUACUGCAGGAAGACGGCCAGUAAACCCAAAGGACCUCCUGAGGAAACAGAGUAUGUCAAUGUCACAGAGAUCAGAGAGGAGGACAGACAGAGCAGAUCUCCUCCUAUAGAAAUAUCUACAGUUAAUGCUCACGCCAAAUACACCAAACCAAAUGCAGCUGAAGGCACAGAUGACUACAGCUUGGUCACUGCAGUCAGCUCUCAGAUGGAAACUAAAGACGACUCGAGUAAACUCAUCUACUCUGUGGUGGAUUUCUCCAAUGGUGCUGCUGCCUCACUCAACAGCGCCCCCCGUGGCGAUGCAGAUAAUGUCAUCUACUCCGUGCCUAAGGUUGCAGCAAACUCGGACAGCCGCCACGUCGAACAGGCUUCACCUCCUCUGUACUCGACUGUUAAUUUGCAUCAGCGGUAGCUUAAAAGCUGCCGAUGCCACAUUUACUCUCUCAGUGAGUCACAUUCACACAAACAUUUGUUCUUUCCUGUUAAAAAAUUUUUUAGUUGGCAGAUAGAAACAAAAGUUGUUUGUUCACUGCCCCAUCGUCGCACUAGCUUGCUGUGAUGUUGUGCAUUAUUUAUCUGCAGCCAGUCUGCAUCAUAUUUUAAAUGGGGGGGGGGGUGAAUA